GCCGUGCCGCUUAGGGGUAUUGGUAGGUUAGCUUGGCUCCCGAUAAGCAAGCGGCUGUGUUUGUUGACUUUUGGAGCCGUGUAGAUCGGGGCGGUAUUUCGCAAGCACUAUUGUGCGUCUAUAUGGUCAUGGCGUUGGACAAUAUCGAUGUGUUGUUGUUGUUGUUGUUGUUGUUGUUGCGGUUGAGAGUCCAGUGUCGUGAUCUGCGAGGACGACUCCGCGACUCGACGAAAGAGACUGCCGCCUGUAUAUACAACGUAGUAGUGUACCGAGAACCAAGACCGUAUCCUCCCUGCCCUUUCUUUUGUCAUGUCGUCCCGCUGCGUCCGCUGGCAUACCCAAAGAGUACCCGAGGGAGCGAGGGGGAACAACUCCCAGAAAUACAAAAACAGAACCCAAGAUUAUAAGACACCCGUUGUACAGCAAACGAACCCAAAACGCCGUCUCCAAAAACAUUUCCUCCUUUGGUGAAACCGAGUGUCGGCGCCAUGGUUGCUCAGUCGUGGCCCCU